AUGUACGGCAAUCGGACAUCUGGACAUAGUUUCCAACCUCGUGGCGGAUACCGUGGAAGAGGCAGCCGUGGGCACAACUGGCGUGGCGGUCAAACGCAGAGUAAAUCUGUAAACAAUGCUGGGGGGCAAGCGCCGCCUUUCGGUGCUGCUCUUUGCACUUACCAAUGGCAGGAUUUCAAGCAGAAGGUCCUCAAACACAAUUGUCAGUACCUGGCCUCGUUCAAUUGGCUGAAGAGAAACGUACCUACAAUGGUCAUUCCAGGCGUACCGCCAAAGUGGUCCCCCCCAGAAAAUACACCACACCUUGAAGAAGAUGCCAGCGAGUACUUUCGAGACAUCAACGCCGCGCAGUAUCCGAAGCAUCCCAUCGAGCCCGCAGUUCGUGCAGUACUUGCACAAAAUCAUGGUCUCGAUACACGCGAGAUCGACAUUUUUGCUUGCGGAAGCACAAUGGGGAGUCUUCUGCGCUUCGCCCGCCAAGCUGACAAGUCGUUUCGAUUCAUCGUCGACACGGUAGAGGAUACCGUGUUCUUCAUCCGGAGAGAGAACAGCCCGACCGAGAAGAUUGUAGAUGUCCGAGGCUAUGGUCAUACGAUGCCUGAGGCGUACACGCCUCUCGAAUCCUGCGUCCGCGAGUCUGUAUCACAUCAGCGUCUCAUCAAAUACAACUUUGAUAGCUUCACAUGCGUCGUGCGCUAUGAAGGCGACGGGUACCUUGGAGAGUCGUCGAGCGACUCUCGAGCUGUAUCGACCAUGUUGCCCGACCAUGAUGGCAUCAGUAUGCAACAAGGUGGAAAAGUCAUCCCUCAGAAGGCCAUCUUCGACAUCAAGACACGCUCACACAAGAAGAAGUCAGAAGAUAUCCUCGGCGGCGAACUUGACAGACUGUGGGUACGUCAGAUUCCCAACUUCAUCAUGGCUUACCACCAACAUGGCAACUUCAACGACAUCGAAGUGAAAGAUGUUCGUAAGCAGAUUUUGCAGUGGGAGAACGACCAUGUGGACGAACUUCGUGUCCUCUCGGCUCUGGUGGCGGAGAUCGUGUCGUACGCCAGGCAUCACCCCGAUGAAGCAUUCGAAGUCUGCUCGCAACAGCAAGGAGUCCUCGAGAUGCGCAAACUGGAUGGCAGCUUCCCACGAGUCAUGCCAGAAGACCUCAAGCUCGCUUGGGGUGGUGCAGAAUCAGAUGGGGGUUCAGACAGCUCGGAGAGUCAAGGGGAUCAGGCCGGGUCUGACGCUGAAGGCGGCGUUGAUGUCGACUCGGACGUUGAAGGAGAUCCUGAUUACACAGCCUGUACGGAAGACUGUGGGUACUGCGGCCGAUGCAAGUACUGA